AUUAACGCAGAAGGGCUACUAUGACUCCGCGUACCAGUACACCUUGACCGGUUCGUAGCGCCCUCGAGUUUAAUACCAGCAAGCCGGCCUCAGGCCUGACUCACUUUCCAUCAUACCCCAAACAAACCUCCUUCGUGACCUUGCUGACCAACUCUACCACAACGCCCUUCCCUAUACACGAACAUACCCAAGCAAUGGAGGGCGCUGGAUUCGCUUUUGAAACAGCGGGCAUGGACUUCAAUAAUGUGUUUGCGAUGAUGCCGCAGGAGCAGCAAUCGUUCGCGAAGCCCAACGAGGAUAACACCUUUGGCUUCUUUGGUGAUGAGGGCAUCGACACGGCCGCAUCUUUCAUUAAUCCGACCGUUUUAUCGACACCCUCUCAGGAUAUGAGCUACAUGCCCAAGAACCUUGCUAUGGAUAACACUAUGAGCAACGCGAUGUGGAAUAGCCAUCUCACACCGGAAUCACUUAUCCUGAACUCCUUCCCAGCAACCCCCACACAACCGUUUGAAACGUACCAGCCAAACCUCGGUACUUCGUUGGGCAAGAGGCCGCGUCAAGCUGAUGUUGAAGACUUCAUCCAGUCUAAGCGCCACGAAUCGACGGGAGACUACACAUUGUCUUCAUUUUCAUCGGCUUCCUCGCAGAUGGAGGUGAUCCAAGGCCUUUCAGAUGAGGCUGCUGAUUUUUGCACAACAUGGUUCAACAAGUACGCCGUGUUGCCAAGCGACCAACAUAUUGAGUCGCUCAGUCAGCUCACUGGAGAGUCAUCAGAUGCCAUCCGGCAAUGGUUUGGUCGGUUACUGAAGCAGGGUAUGGGGGGUCACGACUCAGCGUACAAAUCGCAAACCGACAUGAUGCCGCAGCCAACUUUGUGCUGGUCUGACCCUUAUACAACAGAUCUGGUGCCACAACAGCCAAUGCACCAGCAACUACCCACCCCGCAGCUUACACAGGAGAACACUGCGACUCCAGAAAGAUGGUCCAGCAACGACACAACAAUAGUUGGUCAGCCAGCUUCGACUCUGCGUGGUGGGAAGAAGCGUUGUAUGCCUACUAAGGACCAAGGCUUGCUGGCCAGAGAUCCGAACAAGAUCUACCAAUGCACACGGAAAUGCGGCAAACGUUAUGGUCGCAAGUGUGACUGGAAGAGGAAUGAGGAAGAGGGUUACCCAUGCAAAUCAUGGGUUUGCAGCCUGUGCACAAGCGAAGGCGUUGAGAAUGUGCGCCCCUGCUUCAGAAAGUACCACUUUGUGCAGCAUUUCAGGAACAUCCAUCCUGAUGUGAACAGCGAUGAGUACGAGCAGUCGAGCAUCUUGUGCUCCGAGACCGAGUUCCCAAGGAACUGCGGGUUCUGCAAGCACAAAUUCGACUCGAGGCAGGACCGCAUCGACCACCUAGCAGAUCACUUCAAGCAGGGCAAGUGUAUGCUUGACUGGAACGAUGAGAGCAACGACGAUGGCGACAACACCGAUAACAACGACGACGACGAUGACAAUGACAAGCCCAGUGGCGACGGCUAUGACGGUGCGCCUUCACACCCGCCACCAGAAAGCGAUCCUCGUGACGACUUCGGAUUCAAGUAUUAUGGUGGCGGUGACUACGGCGGCGGAGGCAGUGGCAGCGGCAGCAGCCUGCUGCCUGACAGCUGCUUCCAACUCCAGCUGCCAUCGAAACCCGAAAAGGUCGAUAUCACGAAGCAACUCCAGGGCGGUCAACAACACAUUCAACAACGCCCAUCGUCUACUCCAGAGCUCGACGAGCAGAGUUCCUCGCCUGAGCCCAUCUCAACCGAGCAAUGCUCAACGCCUGGAAAGCAUGCUUCGACUGCGCGAGACGACCAGACUUCUUUGGCCGGAGAUGCUCUCUCCGGCCGGUUAGUUGGGGGGGCUCAAAUCCUCCCGCAACCUCUCGUGGCUCGCGGAGUUUGUCUAAGCAAAGAUGGCGUCGGCCUUAUAACAGCUGCUGCGAAUAGACAGCCUACGCCGCUGGACUUGCACACUGAUCCGGCGGGUCGGAACACCAUGAACAGUCCAACUCAAUUGUCAGAGCAACAUCGUACAGAGGAUCUGUUGAAUUCUGCCGUCCUAGUCGCGCCAAACAGUCACACCAAGGCAAUCUCAUCGGCCGUACUCGACACGAUACAACACUUUCCACCGCAAUCGUUCCUGAGCGUCAGACUACUCGGUGCUGGUGGUUUCAGUACUGUCGACGAAGUACUGCAUCGCGCAACGAACUUACGACUAGGUCGGAAGACGCUCAAGAACCGCGAUAAAUCUGCGAUCGUGGAGCUUAAGAAGGAAGUGAGCGUUCUGCAGAAGCUCCGCCAUCCUCACGUAAUCCGCCUCCUCGGUGCAUACUCCAAGGGCGACAAGAUGUCUAUCCUCGUAUCUCCUGUUGCCGAGACAACACUCGCACUCUGGCUCGAGCAAGCCACCCUACAACAACCGGCCAACCUUGUCAACGUUAUCGGUAAGAUGUUUGGCUGUCUCGUGUCAUCGAUUAGGUACCUCCACGAACAGCGGCCGGUCGUCAAGCACAUGGACAUCAAACCGCAGAACAUUCUUGUUGCCCAGAGCGAUCAAGAGUUCCCGCAUGUAGUACUCUGCGAUUUCGGCAUCAGCUCCUCGGAUGAUCUAUCUGAUGGUCAGCACAAGCCACUAACACGCCGUUACGUCGCACCUGAGGUUUUCGAAGGAUUCACUCGCAAGCAAGCCGCCGACAUUUGGUCUCUUGGAUGCGUCUUCGCUGAGAUGGCAUCUGCAUCAUUCGGCCAAUCCAACUCGAAGUGGCUGACCUUCCGCCGCGAGUACAGUGGACGUACAGGCAAGCACUACUGGCAAGAUGUCCCGAGCCUACAAGGCUGGCUCUCAAGCUUCCUGGAGGAAACCGCGAUUCCCACCGAGCGACAGGUGGUUGGUACGCUCAAGGACAUGCUGAAUGCAGAUCCGAACGAGCGGCCGAGCGCGGCACUUCUCUCCUUAAGCUUCACUCCAGCGCCUUGCUGCCUCGAGUGGCCGAAUGACAAGGCUGUCUUCCCAGCACCAGAUCAAGAGCUUGAAGCGGUAGAAAUGCUUGUCCGCAAGGAGGGCAUCGAUUGCUGCGACCACCUUGACAAGACCGCCAACGUAACUGUUGAUAACAGUCAAGACGUUUUCAAGAAUGCCAAGUCUUGGAUUGAAGAGUGCUCUCACACUCACGACGUUUGUCGCCAGCUUGCAACCACCGACAAGACCUUGCCAACACGCCUAGUCGAUACACAGCCUGAAGGCAUCGACGACAGCAUCGUUCGCGUUGUCGACAGCGCCUCAAUUGUCCAAGACGCUGAAACCGUCGAAUAUGCCACUCUCAGCUACGUGUGGGACAAGACAAAUGUCACGCUGACAACUGAUCAACGCCAGAACGCACAGCUAGGCCUGCAACGCCAGACGUUACCCAAGCCACUCGAGUCUGGUAUCCAAGCUGCACAGAACCUCGGCUACCGGUACAUCUGGAUCGACUCGCUCUGCAUUCUUCAGGACUCUGAGGAUGACAAGCGAAGCGAGUGUGCUAAGAUGGCAUCAGUAUUCCGCGAUGCUGCACUGACAAUCGUACUCGACCAGAUCGACGAGCUCCGUUCCGAGAAGCCUACAAUUAUCGAGAUGACACCUGGCACCGCCCUGCCAAACGCAAAUGGGAACGCCUACAAGACUGUCGAUCGACCAUCAGCGUCCGCAACCCUACCUGCACGCGACUUUGUCGCACCCGGCUUCGGCUGGGAUACUCGCGCCUGGGCACUCCAAGACCGCCUACUCAGCCGCCGCCUCUUGCACCUUUGCGAGAAACAGUUGUAUUGGGAUUGCGCAUCACUAAAGGCAUCCGAUACCUUCCCGCGCGGUCUAUCGUCCCUUGUAUGGGAGAAGGCGCAUAGCAAGUCUCGCCACGAUCGCCCUCAGCGCGGCAAGUCCGGAUCGCAAUCGAUCAUUGUCAAGAACACGUGUGACAAGCAGACACCCCUCGAACCUACACGCCUCCGCAACUGCCAGUGGAUCCAUAAAGAGGGCAAUGACAAUGGCGACAGCAUGGACGUUGCGCACACGACAAUGCAGCCAGGAGAAGCCAAGGCACCUCUGAGCUCCAAGGGCGUUUUAGCACCCGAGUAUGCACGCAAGAACUCAUCUGUCAGUACUGCACCUAGUACCAAGAGUGCUGUUGGUGCUGCACCUAGCACGAACGCCUCAGUUGGGUCUUUCAGUGCUUCUGGUCCAUGGACCGGCACAACCACCGUUGCGAACGAUGAUCGAACCUCGUCAGACAGGUCGACCAGCCCGUACCUCAAAGGCCUAUUCGGACUUUCGUCGAUGUCCGAUUGCCAAACCUGGACCGCCGACUUUGGUGGUGCCUACAGGCGGGGCAACCUUACUCGACACGUGCGAUCCAAGCACCCACGCGUGGGUGAUCAGCACACGCAUCCUACUGGUGCGCAUCCCGUACUCAGCAAAGUCUACCGCGGCUCAGAGAGCAGUCGUGUCGACCUGGAGAGGCACAGUCAGCAUUUUCACUUCACAGGCCCAAAGUUGAGGAAGCACAACCGCCAUGUCGUCGAGCAAGCUAAGCCCGAGCACCCCGUCACGAGUACUGGUGGCACCACCAGCACCCAGCGCGACUUGUCUCAGACCAUCGACGUCCUUCCUGCAGGAGACGCUGCCAACGUCUCUCUGACUGAACACCCUCUGUGUGACAGUCUUGCAAAUACGCGGGCACAUCAACUUGAGUCGGGAAGACGUUCGCACCCGUGUCCAUCGGGAAUAGAGGGCGUGGUGCAUGAUGGGAUUUUCGCGGAGGAGUAUGGGACUAAGGUGUAAAUUGUGAAAUCGUAGUCACGACUAACUCAGAUACACUGGGACUUUGAUUGUUCUUAUUUUUCGAUAGCGCAGAUACAUGGAUGAAUCUGACUCUUGCUUUCUCA